AUGUCUCAGAAAAAUUUCAGCACCGUCACUGAGCUGGUCCUUCUAGGAUUUUCCAAUCACCCCCAGGCCGAGGUGCCCCUCUUCUUCCUUUUCUCUCUGGUUUACAUGGUUAAUAUCUUUGGAAACACAGCAGUUAUUGUUUUGGUUAUAAUUGAUUCCUGUCUCCAGACACCCAUGUAUUUUUUCCUAUGCCACUUGGCCUUUCUCAACAUAUUUUACACCACAGCUGUGGUUCCCAAGAUGCUCUUCAACCUCCUUGCUUUCAAGAAAGUCAUCUCCUACGAACUCUGCCUUGCCCAGACCUACAUCUCCCUGUUCAUGGGAGCCUCUGAGUGCAUUAUUUUAGCGAUCAUGGCUCUGGACCGCUACGUGGCCAUUUGUUACCCUCUGCGGUACCUGGUAAUCAUGAACUGGUCUACAUGUGUGCAGCUGGCAGUGGGAGCCUGGACCAUCAGCUUCUUUGCCUCAGUAAUUCCACUCUACUUCACCAUAGCUCCCUUCUGUGGCCCUUACAUAAUUGACCAUAUUUUCUGUGAGGUACCUGUUCUUCUUCAUUUGCUCUGUGGUGACACAUCCCUGCAGGAGACCUUGAUGGCAAUAGGAGCAUUUGGCACCCUCUUACUCCCCUUCCUCCUGAUUCUCCUCUCCUACCUACACAUACUGGUUGCUGUGAGGACGAUGCACUCAGCUGAGGGUAGGAAAAAAGCUUUCUCUACCUGCAGCUCUCAUCUGACUGUGGUGACCAUUUAUUAUGGGACAGGGAUGUUUAUGUACAUGAGGCCCAAAUCUCUAUAUUCAGCUGAGGGUGAUAAAUUGAUUUCCUUGUUCUAUGCAGUCAUCAAUCCUACUUUGAACCCUCUAAUUUAUAGCCUGAGGAACAAGGAAGUGAAAAGAGCCUUGAAGAGAGUCUUAGAGAGAUGGACAGUGUCCCAAAGGCAGAAGAUAGCAUCUUGA